AUGAUCGCAAUCGAUCAUCAUGGAUCAAUGGCUGUUGGGCUUUCUACGAGUGGACUGAUUCACAAAUUACCUGGAAGGGUUGGAGAUACACCAAUUCCAGGCGCUGGUGGAUAUGUGGAUAAUG